ACCCACUUCAGCCGGCGUGCCGUCAUGUGCGCCGUUCACUUCAACAUGUAUGCCAAGACACUUCGAUCCGUAUAGCCAAACUUUCAGCUGCAGCGCCUGCUUCUUGUCGUCUCUUCGUUCGGACGGGUGUUUUGUAUAUGUGCACGUUUCAAGAUCCGCGUCACACCUGCCAACCUUGUCCGCAACGACGUGUAAACCAUGUCCAGACGUCUCCAGACCGGGGCUUAGUCAAGCAGAAACUUUUCCCGCGGGCGGUCUGAGUUAAGCAUAGUUUGCCAUGGCUGUUGAGUAGAAACUUUCGUUGACGUAGAGAUCUCUGUCCGUGUCACCCCCUCCCGCGUUCGCCCGUCCGUCUCUCCCAUCUCUGCCAUCGUCCUGGGGGAUGGGGCCGUGCCUCUUAUAACGAAUGGCCACCCUGCAGCCCGGUCUCUCGCCCUCACGGAUGACUGUUCUUGAUGACUGUUUGCCUCCCACGACGAAAAACGAAAAACAAUGGACGCCAAGAGCCGCGAGAUCAACCCGCGCAACGCCGUCAGCCUCGAGUCCCUGCGUCCGGUCAACCUGAGCUUCGAGUUCGACGAUGACAAGCGGGGCGUCCCGCUCAACCUGUCGGCGUCGGCGCCGCCCACCAUCUCCAACGUCCGUCUCGACGAGGAACUUGCCGAGGCAGACUUGAGCCCGGAGGACCCCAGAGAUGCCAAGCUCAUGAGGCGCGCCCGUUGGGCCCUCUUCCUCCUGGCCUUCUUCAUGGGAGACGUGCAGGACGGGGUUGGGCCUUUCCUCGGCGUCUACCUCCAGCACCACGGAUGGGCCCCCGGGCUGCGUGGCUUCGUCAACACAGUGAGUGGCAUUGCCACCAUUCUUGCAACAGGACCGGUGGGCGCCCUCAUCGACGCGACAGACUACAAGCGCUUGCUUGCCGCAAUCUGUGCCCUCCUCGUCGGCGUCUCCCAGGGGCUCAACCUUCUCUCGACCCACCCGGCUCUCGUCUUCUCCACGCAGAUCGUGUCCGCCGUCGCCGGCACGACGCUGAUGCCCCUGCUCGUCGCCCUCACGCUGGGCAUCUGUUCUCCCGACCCGGUCGGCAGCCCCGACGGCAAGGGCAAGCACACCUUCCGCACCCUCAACGGGCGCAACCAGGCGGCCAACCAUGCGGGCAACAUGGUCAGCGCGGGCCUGGCGGCCGCGCUGGGCUCGCGCUUCGGGCUUACGGCCGUCUUCUGGCUCGUCAUGGCCUUCUGCGCAGCGACGAUAGCGACUGUCUUCCUGCUGCCGGCGCGGGCGAUCGACCACGCGGCCGCGAGGGGAGGCGUCGCCGUCGAUGAUGCGCCUGAAUCCCCCGUCUCAAAACCGGAUACGCAAGACAGCGGCAGGUCGGGGACGGAAGACGAGGACCAAGCGGAGCGAGGCGGCGUCGCCUCCCCGCGCAAGACCAUGAUCGCCAAACUGAAGGACAAGAAGCAGAGGUUCUCCGUCAGCCCGCUCGGGCUCCUCUUCAAGAACAAGGCUCUCGUCGUCGUCGGCGCCACCGUCUUCCUCUUCCACCUCGGCAACGCGGCGAUCCUCUUCCUCUACGGACAGGGGCUCGUGGCGAUGGGCAAGGGCGACCCGGCCGGCACGACCGGCCUGACCGUCAUCAUCGCGCAGGGCACCAUGAUCGCCGUGUCGCUCGUGACGCCCUGGCUCGCCGGCCGCUACGGGUACUGGUUCACCGUCUUGGUAUCGUACGUUGUCUUGCCCGUCCGCGCCGCCGUCGCGGGCCGCUAUAUCGAAAACUGGGGCAUCUGGCCCGUCCAGAUCCUCGACGGCGUCGGCGCGGGCAUCCAGAGCGUGGCCAUCCCCGGGCUGGUCGCCGUCAUGAUGGCCGGGACAGGGAGGGUCAACGUCACUUUCGGCAUCGUCGGAGGCAUGACGCGCCAGACGGGCGCCGCCAUUUCGUCGUCGCUGGGCGGGUGGAUGGCCGAGUACAAGGGGUACAGCUUCUCGCUGUACUUUUCCGGCGUCUUCCCCCUCGUCUCGGUGGCAUUGUGGCUCGGGUUCUGCAAGUUGCUACGCCCGGCCAUCGACCGGAAACCUAGGGGAGAGUGAUGUGGGAUGAUGAAGCAAUGAGGCGGUAAGUAGAGACAGCACGGGCUGUUGUGCUUGUGUUUUAGACAGACUUUGCUAAACCCGCGUCUUGUGCGUGCGGCCAUAAAACCAUGGCCCCCCCCCUGUCAUGUUUUGGUGAAGCGUCUGAUACCUGUUGCGGAUGCCGGUGACAUGGACCUGGGACAUUGGUCCUGUAUCACGUUUACCUGCCUAUGAUGAAUGAU